UCACACCGUUGCAGAAGCUGGUUCAAGCUAUCCAAGUUACUAGAGCAUGGAAACGGCUAUUAAAGGUAAGGCCAAGCGGAGACACUUGAGUGCAACAGAAUGUGUUCGUUUGGGACAAAACAGCAUGGGCAGCAACCCACUCGCACAGCCAUUUGUAUCAGCUCGCGUCAUGGACCCUAACCGUGGCCUUUACCCAAAGACGCCUACCAAAAGAAGACGACAAGAUGGUGCUAUGCAUCAGAGGGAUAUUACCGAGUUCUUCCCAAAGACUGGUGUGAGAGUCAGAGUCAGUCCUCAUAAAGCGCCUCCAGACUUACCUAAGAUAGAGCAUGGAUCUAACAGAGUCAUCACCCUCAAAAAAGAAGAGGAGGAGGAAGAGUUUGAAGGUAUCACUGCAGAAAUGUUUGUGGAUGAUGAAGACUUUGACAGUCCUCAGAAAGCGCCUCCAGACUUACCCAAGAGGGAGCGUGGAUCUAACAGAGUCAUCAACAUCAACAAAGAGGAGGAAGAAGAGGAGUUAGAGGGUAUCACUGCAGAAAUGUUUGGUGAUGAUGAGGACUUUGGCAGUGGUGGAGUCCUGAUAAAAACAGAAGAUCAGGAAAUAGCAGUAGGGCACACAGGUUUGGAAAACAGUCUGGGACACAGUGACCUCGCUCAUGUGAAAAAGGAGGAAGAAGAUGAGGAAGAGUACCCUGUGGAAUCCCUCCCUGAUGCUCACUAUGGACUUCUAGGUGUUCACAGUGGGCAGGCAGAACCUCAGGGCCACUUUCAGGACUUACCGGUGGAGGUUUUAAUCAUUGUCUUUGGACAGCUCCCAGCAGAGGACCUGUAUCGUCACAUCAGUUUGGUGUGUCGACGUUGGAGAGACAUUGUCACAGACCCCCUGUUUUUGCCGUGGAAGAAGCUGUACUACAGAUACCAGAAACAGGAGAGUGAGACAGUGAAGGAGUUAAAUGCCAUACUAACAGAGAACCAAAUAACCAAAAAGUGUGAUUUGUGUUUGCUCAACUUGGUCAGGUACAUGUCCCAGUUUAAGCACAGCAAGCGAGUGAAUCCACAGGACGUGCUACUCUGCGUGAGGGGACACAGGCUCUACGUUCAGGCAGAGGCCUGCAUGAAGCAAAGGAUGCCUGACCUGAAGGCCACUGAAGGGGGACCAAAUCCAUGGUCAGUCAUGGCUCUCAUGUUACUGCUGGCGGAUGGUGUCAAGGAUGUUCUGGACCUGGUGUCUCGACUUAGGAAAUCUGGAUGUCUGUUAAGUUUGGGUGGAAUAUCAGAAUACUUGUGGGCUGUGGCUACUUUGCUCCUGGCCAUGAAGGAAAAUGGCAUCAACAUCAGUAGCAGGCUGCACUACAACAUCUUCUAUGUGCUGCAGCUGAUGGAGAAUUCCCCCCUGUCACAGAUCAGAGACAAGAGCAGGGAGAAAAUGAUACAAGUCACUCAUGAGCAGCAACAGAUUCUCAAUCACAACAUGCAGAGCGAUCACAUUGUCAAAAUCAUGGCCUUUGCAGGUACUGGGAAGACAACCACGCUGGUGAAGUUUGCUGAGCAACGACCUCACCUCCGCUUCCUCUACGUUGCUUUCAACAAAUCCGUGGCAACACAGGCCCAGCGGAGUUUCCCUAGACAUGUGGAGUGCAGGACUGUCCACUCUAUGGCGUUUAAGGCUGUUGGAUGGAGGUAUUUGAAUAAGAAGAAGCUGUCCAGUGGCCUUAAGCCCUUUUCAGUGGCCUCUGUCCUCCCAAAGGGCCACGGGGGUUUUGUCAAUGCCAAGAUUAUAACCCAGACCAUCAAUACUUACUGUUGUUCUACGGAUCAGUGCAUUGGGCCUGAGCAUGUGCCACGAGAAUACAAAAACACCAGUGGCAAAGUAGAACGGCCAGAUGAGGCAAAGAAAAAGGAAUUUGCUCAGAUUGCACAGGAAAUAUGGAGCAACAUGAAGGAGUUGCUACCCACUAGGGAAACAGCCUAUCAUAUGACCCAUGAUGGGUACCUGAAGUUGUGGCACCUGCAGAGACCUUGUCUGGAUCAAUAUGACAUUAUCUGUAUUGAUGAGGCCCAGGAUUGCACUCCAGUUGUCAUGGACAUCUUACUCUCACAGCCUUGUGGGAAGAUUUUGGUUGGAGAUCCUCACCAACAGAUCUACACUUUCAGAGGGGCAGUCAACGCUCUACAAGCUGUUCCCCAUACACACAUUUACUACCUUACCCAGAGUUUCAGGUUUGGCUCUGAGAUUGCUUAUGUUGCUGCUACAGCCCUGGACGUUUGCAAAAGGGUGAAGAAAAUUUUAAUUGGUGGUGACAAAGAGAGCAGUGUGCGAGGGGAGGACACAGAGACGUUGCAGAAACUGAAGAGUGGUUCCAGCCAACUUGAGGGAGAAGUGGCCAUUUUGUGUCGCUGUAAUGCCUCUGUGUUUAGUGAAGCAGUGCGACUCACAGACGCCAACUCCAGCUGCAAGAUUCACAUUGUUGGGGGUGUUGACAAUUUUGGCCUGAGUAAAAUCCGGGAUAUCUGGAUCCUGAUGCAGCCAGAGGACAAAAGGAUUAAGGAGGGUCUGAGGAUCCAGGAUUACUUUAUCCGGAGCUUCUGUAAGGAGAAGCUGGGAGGUUAUAGGGGACUAAAAAACUAUGCUGCUCACACAGAAGACAGAGAGCUGGAGGGCAAACUUGUUGUGGUGGAGAGAUACAAUACUCGCAUACCAGAACUGGUCGAGCGGAUCUCCUCCUGUGCCCAGAGCAGCCCAGAAAACGCAGAUUACAUACUGGGCACAGUGCAUAAAUCCAAGGGGUUGGAGUUUGACACUGUGGUCGUGACAGAUGACUUUGCCAAAGUGCCUUGCGCCAGACAUAAUCUUCAGAGAGUUCCCGUUGUACGGAACGUCCCAGACGAUGAGUGGAAUUUGCUGUAUGUGGCCGUAACCCGAGCUAGGAGAACUCUGUACAUCACCAAGACUAUCAGCAACCUACUCACACUUGGAGGGGAAUAUUUCCUGAGAUCAGAGCUGACCAGUGUUGUACUGAAUGGAAACCCUGCUCUCCCCUGUUCUACCAGGGGUUGUCCCAAUCAGAUUAACAUGGACACAGCCCUCAGUAUGCGCAAACUACCUAUCAGAUAUUUGGACAGCGUGGAGGAUGGAGGCAUGCUGUGUUUGACUUGCGUGGAGCAGCGGCUGGGGCCCAUGGCUUUCCUGCUGUCACCCCCUGAGAAAGUCAGGUCUAUGCAUUAUACAGAGGAACGUGUGGAUCUGCCCAUCAAUGUCGCCAUGCUCCUGGCCCUUCUGUGAAAACUCAUCUCACUCACACACAACACAAAAAUGUUGUCUUUGCUUCCAUGUUUGGGUUCUGAAUGUGAAGGUAAAGAUGACACGUGAAGACUGUACUCUCUGGACAGAUGAAUAGAUCUAGGAGCAUAUGAUGAAGACACCUCUAACACAUCAUUCAGAUGAGUCGUGUGAAGACCUAAGGUCUUAUGGUGUUUGUGAUUUUGUUUACAAUCACUGACGUGCACGAUAGCAUUCCCGUGGUAGUGCUGGGUCUAUGGAUUAUACCACAGACAUAACAGUCAGUGUCACCUUGUGUCAUUUUGUAUGGCAUUACUGUUGAAGGCUUUGAAAAAAAAAAAAAA